AAAGAAGUUGAAAUAGCGCCGGGAAUUAUCCGACCACCGCCUACUGCCCACCGCCUUACCGGGACCAUAGUUGGGCAAUGGCUGGUAGCUACGACCUAAAGUACAUAUGUAUGUAAGCAGCUAGGUAGUACCUACCUAGGUACAUAGGUAUGUAUAAUGUACACUAAAGCACAAGGUAGCGUCGCCAAGAUCACUAAUAAGCCUCAGUGGGGACCCUUUCCCUUUUGGCAGAAAAGCAUAACCGAUCGACAAAAAUUGAUGGAGGGGCAGAGGGGCAGAAGGUGGCAGACAGAAAGAGCCCCGCGGAUCGCUCUUGCUUCCAUGCCGCAUGUGUUUGGAGUCGGUGUUAGUAUUGGCUUAGACCCUUGGGAAACUUUAUUUCUCUCAUCACUUUCUUUUCUUUUCCUCUUCUUUUCCUUUCUUUCUUAUUUGACCGGCAAAUAUUUACACUUUCACAACUCGGCUAUCCUUCUCACGAGCUUGCUAGACGUCAGGUAGCAAAAAAACCCUUCAUUUAUCGUGUGACGUCAUUCCGUUUUCUAGGAUAUCAGACCAAAGUCCUUCAUAUACAAGAUCUAUUAGAGUAUAGGA